UUCUCGUAAACGAAUAAAGAAUCAGAUGGUCGUAUAUCAAGACCAUCCGGAAAUAGAAGAUAUGGGAUUUGAUUUGGAUGCGGAAAAACCUGUGGGUAUCAUAUUGCCGCAAACACUAACAAUGGGAACCGUAACUCGUCGUGCCGUAGAAAAUACAUGGAUGACGGCAAGUAACCCGAAGAAAAAUAGAAUAGGGUCGGAACUCAAAGCGAUCAUCCAAUCUCCGAAAGGAUACAAAAUUGUUGGUGCGGAUGUGGAUUCGGAAGAAUUAUGGAUAUCUAGCUUGAUUGGGGAUUCUCAAUUUGGAUUUCAUGGAGCAACUGCUAUGGGAUGGAUGACGCUUCAAGGAACAAAGUCGGCAGAGACUGAUUUGCAUUCUAGGACUGCAAAAAUAUUAAAUAUUUCUCGUUCAGAGGCGAAAAUAUUCAAUUACGGCCGAAUUUAUGGCGCCGGACUUAAAUUUGCUAUUCAACUGUUGAAGCAAUUCAACAAGGACCUCAGUGAAGAAAAGGCGCAAAAUCUCGCUGUUGAACUAUUUUCAAAAACAAAAGGCAAGAGGUUUGAAACAUUUUGGCACGGCGGCAGCGAGAGUUAUAUGUUCAAUAGUUUGGAAGGUAUUGCGAAUGUCGAGUGUCCAGAAACACCGAUUCUAAAAUGUGGUAUAACUGAUGCACUAAAGUGCACUCGAGAAUUUAUGACGUCACGUGUGAAUUGGGUUGUACAAUCAUCUGGAGUGGAUUAUCUGCAUUUGCUUUUAGUAUCCAUGAAUUACCUGCUGGAAAAAUAUAAAAUUGACGCGCGUUUCAUGCUGUCAGUUCAUGAUGAAGUAAGAUUUCUCGUAAAGGAGCAAGACAAAGAAAGGGCGGCAUUGGCUCUUCAAAUAAGUAAUCUUUGGACGAGGGCGAUGUUCAGUUAUAUGUUAGGAAUUAAGGAUUUGCCAUUA